AUCCUUUGAAAUAAUAUAUUUACGAAAAAAAAAGAAAUACUAUGUCAACUCAACUUAGUCAAAAAGUUAUUGAACUUGAAUACGAAUAUGGUGCUCACAACUAUCAUCCAUUGCCUGUGGUAUUCUCCAGGGCUCAAGGUGCGUAUGUUUGGGACCCAGAAGGCAACAAAUAUAUGGACUUUUUGUGUGCCUAUUCGGCAGUGAACCAAGGUCAUUGUCAUCCAAAGAUAGUUGCAGCUCUUUGUGACCAAGCUCAAAAGCUAACUUUGAGUUCUAGGGCAUUUUACAAUGACGUGUUCGGUAGAUAUGCCAAAUUUAUAACUGAGUAUUUUGGUUAUGAAAUGGUCUUGCCAAUGAACACUGGUGCUGAAGCAGUCGAGACAGGAAUCAAACUUGCACGUAAAUGGGGAUAUCUCAAAAAGGGAAUUCCAAAAAAUAAAGCUAUUGUGGUCUCCUGCAGGAAUAAUUUUCACGGUAGAACAACGACAAUUAUUUCCAUGUCAACUGAUUCAGAUGCACGUGAAGGCUUUGGGCCUUACAUGCCCUGUGUAGGACCAGUUUGUCCUGCUACUGGACGUAGUGUGGAUUAUAAUUCUAUUAAGGAUUUAGAAGAUGCUUUUGAGGCACAUGGUCCUCAUAUAGCUGCCUUUUUAGUAGAACCAAUUCAAGGUGAAGCUGGUAUCAUCGUCCCAGACGAUGGAUAUUUAAAAAAAGCAUACGAUUUAUGCAAAAAGCACAAUAUUUUAUUAAUUGCUGAUGAAGUUCAAACGGGCUUAGCUCGUACGGGUAAGUUGCUUUGUCAAGAACAUGACGAGGUUCGAGCGGAUAUUGUCAUACUUGGUAAAGCACUUUCAGGCGGCGUUUACCCAAUAUCAGCAGUCCUUACUAGUAAGGAUAUUAUGUUAUGCAUUAAACCUGGUGAACAUGGUUCAACGUAUGGAGGAAAUCCGUUGGGUUGUGCGGUUGCGAUUGCAGCCCUGGAAGUAAUUAAAGAAGAGAGUCUUGUAGAGAAAGCAGCUGUGUUAGGGGAAAAAUUCCGUUCAGCCCUUCGCAAGAUUGAUUCUCCAUUAAUCCAAACUGUACGGGGAAAGGGCUUAUUAAACGCUCUAGUAAUUGAUGAAACCAAGUCGGACAAGACAGCUUGGCAGCUGUGCUUAUUACUCAAAUCACGAGGGUUGUUAGCAAAACCCACUCAUAAAAAUAUUAUCCGCCUCGCUCCUGUGUUAAGUAUUACUGAAGAAGAAUUAAUGCAAGGAGUUAAAAUUAUUGAGCAGGCACUUAAAGAUAUUAUCAAUAUGAAAAGUGAUAAUAUCCCAGGAUAUUUAGAGGAUUCGAAAUUAAAUUUGCCUGAUCAGUUUUGCGAUGAUUGAACCAAUUCUCAAUUAAAUAAAAAGUCUAUAAUAUUUUUAAAUUUAUCAAAAAAGUUUAAUAAAAGAAGUAAAAGAACAUUUUAAUAAAUAUUAUUUUUGUGGGCUAAUUUUCAAAUCAUUUAUCCGCUUUUUUAAUCUGGUGUAUACAGUACAUAUAAAUUUUAAUUAUGCAUAAUACAAAUGUUCAUAAAUUUUACAGAAUAUGUAAUUCACGCACUGUGCGUUUAGUUUAAUUAAUAAACAAUUAAAAUAAAAUAUUUUGUAAUACCAGAAAAUAAGCUGACUGCCAAAUCAAUUAAUAAAAGAAACCUU